CGGGGCCAGCCGGGGGACCUGCUGCCGAAGGAGCAGCGGCCCUAGCCGGGGCCAUGGCGAAGCUACUGAGCUGCGUCCUAGGCCCCCGGCUCUACAAAAUCUACCGAGAAAGGGACUCAGAAAGGACUCCAUCGAGUGUCCCUGAAACUCCAACUUCAGUUACCACCUCAUCUUCCAACUCCUGGGAUUCAUACUAUCAGCCCCGUGCCCUGGAGAAACAUGCCGACAGCAUCCUGGCGCUGGCUUCAGUCUUCUGGUCCAUCUCUUAUUACUCCUCUCCCUUCGCCUUCUUCUACUUGUACAGGAAAGGUUACUUGAGUUUAUCCAAAGUGGUGCCGUUUUCUCACUAUGCUGGGACGUUGCUACUGCUGCUAGCAGGCGUAGCCUGCCUCCGAGGUAUUGGUCGCUGGACAAACCCCCAGUAUCGACAGUUCAUCACUAUCUUAGAAGCAACACAUAGAAACCAGUCUGCAGAAAACAAGAGACAGCUUGCCAACUACAACUUUGACUUUAGGAGCUGGCCCAUUGACUUCCACUGGGAGGAGCCCAGCAGCCGGAAGGAAUCUCGAGGGGGCCCUUCUCGCCGGGGUGUGGCCUUGCUUCGCCCAGAGCCCCUGCAUCGGGGGACAGCAGACACCCUCCUCAACCAGGUCAAGAAGCUGCCUUGUCAGAUCACCAGCUAUUUGGUGGCACACACCCUGGGGCGUCGGAUGCUAUACCCAGGCUCUGUGUACCUGCUUCAGAAGGCCCUCAUGCCUGUGCUCCUGCAGGGCCAAGCCCGGCUGGUGGAAGAGUAUAACGGGCGCCGGGCAAAGCUGCUGGCCUGUGAUGGCAGUGAGAUUGAUACCAUGUUUGUGGACCGACGGGGGACAGCUGAACCCCAGGGACAGAAGCUGGUGAUCUGCUGCGAGGGAAAUGCAGGGUUCUAUGAGGUGGGCUGUGUUUCCACACCCCUGGAAGCUGGAUAUUCAGUCCUGGGCUGGAAUCAUCCAGGCUUUGCUGGAAGCACGGGAGUCCCGUUCCCACAGAAUGAGGCCAAUGCCAUGGACGUGGUGGUCCAGUUCGCCAUUCACCGCCUGGGCUUCCAGCCCCAGGACAUUGUCAUCUAUGCUUGGUCCAUUGGUGGCUUUACAGCCACUUGGGCAGCCAUGUCCUACCCAGACAUCAGUGCUGUGAUCCUGGAUGCUUCCUUUGAUGACCUGGUGCCUUUGGCCUUGAAAGUCAUGCCAGACAGCUGGAGGGGUCUGGUGACCAGGACUGUGAGACAGCACCUCAAUCUAAACAAUGCAGAGCAGUUGUGCCGGUACCAGGGCCCUGUGCUACUGAUCCGGAGGACGAAGGAUGAGAUCAUCACUACCACGGUUCCUGAGGACAUCAUGUCCAACCGAGGCAAUGAUCUCCUACUAAAACUCCUGCAGCAUCGGUAUCCCCGAGUCAUGGCUGAGGAGGGCUUGCGAGUGGUGAAGCAGUGGCUGGAGGCUUCCUCACAGGUGGAAGAAGCCUCGAUUUACAGCCGAUGGGAAGUAGAGGAAGACUGGUGUCUAUCUGUCCUCCGCUCCUACCAGGCAGAACAUGGGCCUGACUUCCCCUGGAGCGUGGGAGAGGACAUGAGUGCAGAGGGACGGCGGCAGCUGGCUUUGUUUCUAGCUCGGAAGCAUCUGCACAACUUUGAGGCUACACACUGCACCCCACUCCCAGCCCAGAACUUCCAGAUGCCCUGGCACCUCUAGGAACCAUCCUGGGACUCAUUCUGGAGGAUUGGGUUGGGAGAGGGCUUGAAGAAGGACGCUCUUACUUGUGAUUCUCCAUUCACGUUGCUGUUUGUGAAAGUGGGAGACCAUCCCCCUUCUCACUGUUCUUGCACGUUUCUUCUCUUCCACCUGGCAGUACUCCCCCAACACCCACCCUGCAUUAAAUUAAUGGAUUAUUCCUAAUGAUUAAUAAAAUGGUAUUUUUUCUA